CGACCGCCGUCGCCGCUCGUCUGGCGCAGCGUGCUCUUCUUCGUCGCGCUGCACCUGCUCUCCGUGCUGGGGCUGAUCCGCGCGCUGACGGCCGCACACUGGCUGACGUCGCUGUUCGGCAUCGCCUGCUACGCCAUCGGCGGCAUGGGCGUCACCGCCGGCGCGCAUCGACUCUGGUCGCACCGCUCCUACAGCGCGCGGCUGCCGCUGCGCGUGCUGCUCAUGCUCAUGUACACAAUGGCCGGCCAGAACCACAUCUACGAGUGGGCGCGCGACCACCGGCUGCACCACCGGCACUCAGAGACGGACGCCGACCCGCACAACGCCUCGCGCGGCUUCUUCUUCGCCCACUGCGGCUGGCUGGUGUUGCGCAAGCACCCGGAGGUGCGCCGCCAGGGCGCCAAGACCGACCUCUCCGAUCUGCUCGCCGACCCGGUGGUCAUGUUCCAGAAGCGCUACUACCUGCCGCUGGCGGUGCUCGUGUGCUUCGCGGUGCCGACCGUGGUGCCGUGGUACUUCUGGGGCGAGAGUCUCACCAACGCCUUCCUCAUCAGCGUGCUCAAGUACGUGAUGACGCUCCACUGCACGUGGCUGGUGAACAGCGCCGCGCACAUGUGGGGCAUGCACCCGUACGACCGCCAUAUCAGCCCGGCCGAGAACGCGGCCGUGGCGCUGUCCGCCUUCGGCGAGGGAUGGCACAACUACCACCACUCGUUCCCUUGGGACUACAAGACGGCCGAGCUGCCCGGCUACGGCGCCAACCUGACCACGGCCUUCAUCGACCUGUGCUCGCGGCUCGGCCUGGCGCACAGCCUCAAGACCGUCCCCGCCGACGUGGUGGAGCGGCGUGCCGCGCGCAACGGCGACGGCAGCUACAGGAAGCGGUAGACGGCGCAGCCUGGCGGCCCGCGGCGAGCGCCGCCUGGCGGACGACGGCAGCGCCGCCCAGCAGCCGGCAAGCGAACCGUAGGCAUGCUUCGCGGGCGGUCCAUGAUGCUGCAGGGGUGAUGUAGCUCGGUUGAGGUGUGGGUGGCCGAAUCGGGGGGUUGGGUAGUUUUGGAGAGCGGUACCAAUAUGUGCGGCUGCGAUGCUCGGCGGGCUGUUGGCGCGUGCAUACUGGCGUCGCGGGCGACGUAGUGCCAAGCUGAGUGCUACCAAUGCUCUCCAUUUUAGACGCUGAGAUUUUACGUUCGCACAGCAGACUUGAAUGAAUCGGUACGCGUGAUUGGUGUUCUGAGGAACUGUGAUUACGGGUGAAGCAGUAUGUGCCGCCUUGGAUAGAGCCUUGCAUCUCUGGAAGCGAACUGGCGCUCCGAGUUUGUCGCGGUCUAUGAGAUGGAAGACUCGAAUCGACUGAGAACUCGCCGCCCGCACUACAGAGCCCAGGAAGCUUGUAUUGUAAAAACCCGGCCUUCGCUCUCAGCGGCUUCAUGCAGCCCUAUCCUGAUCGUGAAUACACUGUGAUAAAACAAAUGUCGAAAACGAGGCACUGGAUCGUAAAAAAGCACCAUUUCAUCAUCACGAUCACGGUGAUGAUGACCACCAUCAUUA